UUACAGCAACCAAGACCUCAGUGUUCCAAAAUCAUACAACAUGAGAACACGCGCUACGAACUUUUUCUUACUAUUUUUUUUACUUAAUUGUGUCUUUGGCGGAAGAAAUCAUGACUUGGUUUUAAAUGUAGAAAUCGAAGCUCUUACUCCUAAAGGAAUUCAGGUCACCCUUCCAGAUAGCCCAGGUACUACAUAUUUCGCUUUUCAUGCCAAUAUCAACGAUCCUAUUACAAAAAGCGACCCUGGAACCAUUUCUGGAACAGUAUAUGAAACAACAGAAGGAAAAUGGGUCAUUCGCGAUUUAAACGUCCACUUAAAACCAGGAGACACAGUCUACUACUGGGUGUUUGUUCAAACUGGCCGCUUGGGUUAUCGUAAGGACGGACGACACACCAUAACAGGUUCAUUCGCUGAACCAGAAAGUGACACUCCAACACCAUGUCCACCACAGUAUGAAGCCUCCACUCUAUGCAAGAACAUGGUGGUUAAUUUAACAGAAAGGGUAUUUGAGCUUCAAGAUUCACUUGCUUUGGAGCAAGAAACCAACAAAAUUUUGAAAGAGUUGGUCAAGAAGGAUCAAAAAUUGUCACGAACUCUGGUUCUGGAAGGUUUGGGUGUAAAUGACGAAUUAGUCAGGAUUGUGGGAGCAAUUGUGAGAGAUAAACUCGAUUUGUCUUGUGGUAUUAAAAAUGUCGUGCUCAGAGAUGACGAUAAGGUGGAGUUUCAGGUUGAUAAUAUUGACGAAAAGGUGCAAAUUCUUCAAGCUGCCAAAACCAAACUUAAAUAUUCCAGAUAUGUUAUUACUUAAGUAAAUGUAAAAUAAGGUUGUGAGAUAUUUUUAGUAGUUCAAUUAUAAAUUGACUCAGAAACUACACACAUGUCUAUAAAAAAAACCGCUCUAAAUUGACGCUCAUCUAUCUAGUAAAGUCCAUGACGUCGGUAUAACAGGUUAGUGCAAAAAUAGUACUAGAUAUUCUUUGAAUGAAACAUUUCCAUUUUCAUCACCACAAUACUGAAUAAAACAAGAUGUUUUGCAAA